AUGCUGGCAGUGUCACAACUGUGUCACAGCUACAAGGAGGGCAAUGGAGAGGGGUAUUUCCAGGAGAUGGGUACAGCUGGGUGUCAUUACCUCAAUGGCACCGAGCGGGUGAAGUUUGUUGUUCGGGCUGCCGUGGACAGGUUCUGCCGGCACAACUAUGGGGUGGUGACCCCUUUCACCGUGGAGAGAAGAGUUCAGCCCAAGGUGAUGGUCUCCCCCAUGCAGUCAGGGUCCCUGCCCCAAACGGACAGGCUGGUUUGUUACGUGACGGGGUUUUACCCCGCGGAGAUCGAGGUGAAGUGGUUCAAGAACGGGCAGGAGGAGACGGAGCGCGUGGGGGCCACGGAC